ACAGACACACUAAUCAGUGAGCACCACAAAAUCAAACAUUGUGGAACUUGAACUUGACUGCCAAAAUGAAGUGUGUCAUUGAAGGAAACGGGGUUAAAGUGUCUCUGACUCUGUUUGUGACAGUGUUUGGGAAGGCUAUUCAUGCCCUGGCACGCAUAGGUGGUGAAUUAUGGUUGGAUCCUAUGAUGAAAGGGUUGGCAGUGAGGUCAGUGAACUCAGCCCAUUCUGCCUACACCUGUUUCCUCUUCUCCCCACUGUUCUUCCAACACUACAGCCCAGACACAGGACCAGCCCAGGACUGUGGAACUGUCAAAUGCAAGUUGGUCAUGAAGUCAGUGCUGCCACUGUUUCGGUGCCUGGCUACCAUUGAGCGUAAUGUGGAUCGCUGUCAAAUAUCCAUCAACCUCCCAGACAACCAGGUUAUAUUCCAGUUUCACUGCAGACAUGGUAUCACCAAAACACACAACCUGGGUUUCCAGGAGAGUGAAGCUCUGCAUGCAGUGUUUCCUUCUCACCUCUGCCCCAAUGUGCUGAAGGCCCAGGCCAGACUUCUAGGUGACAUGGUAAUGCACUUCCCAGUGUCUCAGGAAGAGAUCACUCUGUCCAUGUCUCCUCUGAGAGUCAAUCUGAAAAGCUACUAUGAAGAGGAAAGUGAUUGUAUGAAGGCCAUGCACACUGAGAUGUCUUUAGACCCCAGUGAGUUUGACUACUUCCAGGUUGGAGUUGACUCAGACAUAACCUUCUGUCUGAAGGAGCUGAGGGGAUUGCUGUCAUUUGCUGAAUCACAUGGUCUACCAGUGUCUGUCCACUUUGGCGCUGCAGGAAAGCCUGUGUCCUUCAGUGUAGAGGACAUGGUGCUGGAGGCCUGUGUGGUGUUGGCUACUCUUGUCAACCCAGAGAGCAGGACCCCCUCCCAGGCUACAGAGGCCCAGGUUCCUGCUGCACUAAGGUGUGGAGGGGUUGCGGAGCCUUCUGAGGGCCCGUGCGUGGCAGAUGCCGGGACCCCCCAGGCCCAGGGGUUUCCCUCUGUAGGCGAGCUGAUAGCAUCCAGCCAGGGAAGCCCAGUGUUUAGUGGAGCAGCCCUCAUGAGAGAGCUCACCAGAACAGGAGAGGAUUCUGACAGACUCAGACCACGUUACACACACAAAGGUCGUGGCAUUACAACUCCUGCUUCCUCCAAGGUUCGCUCCCUCCUCUUUGGGGCCUUGUCCUGUGAGCAGGGUGAUGGUUGUACCUCUAUGCUGCCCAGUCUGGUGUGUUCCAGUGAUACAGAAGAUGAGGGAGAGGAGAGGGCCAGUGGUACACUGUAAGUUACCACAGAAUGAUGACCAAGCCAAGAACUGUUUUCGUACCCUGCAAGUUUUUUCAGCAAACCAUAUUGUCUUUUUCCAUUGUAUAUUGUAAAUGCAUUUAAACGAGAACGGAAUAUUUUUCAAUUCAUUUGAGUGCUUUAAAUGAAAGUUCAUAAAGCAUGUCUGUUAUUUUAACUAACAAAUAAGUUAUUCCAAUGUGCAUUUAUUACAAGAAGCAUAUAGCGUAGAUUUGAAAGUCAGACAUCAAAAGCAUGAAAUUAAGUAAUUAACAUGAAUAUUUGAUCUAGAAGUUCUCUCGUUUGGGGUAAAAGUCUGUCCUCUCUUCUCUGUGACCCAGAAACCGAUAAUUGGUCAAGGAGUGUCAAUUAAUUAAUAGGUAAACGAAGACUGUCCUCCCCUCCUCGAUAGCCUUCUUUUGGCGAGGAAGCACAAGUAUAUGAGGAGUCUAAUUUAUACAAGUGCAUUUCCGUCCACUUUCCCUCUACUCGCCGCCUGUCCUCGAUUACCUUUUACCUUUUUCAAAAGGAGACCAGGGAGGACAGAGGUGAGCAAAUUUAAAAAUUGGGAAAAGUCCCUAGAUUUGCCCAUGAAAACAUUCCUCAAGCCAAGCGCCUGGGGAUGCCACACCUGGGUCUUGAAAGUAAUUCUCAACAUGCUUCAGACUGGCUAAAGCUUGGGGAUUGUGUACCCAAACAUAUAGAUCACAUGGAGCAUUUUCAUGUAGCUUCAGGCAGGCCCCUCAGUUGCAUAAGAGCAGACAACUGCGAGGGAAACAGGCUCAUACUCGGAGUCUAGUCCACUGUGGCCCCUGCUGAGACAGGAAUGGAUGAGUCCAUCUGCAAAGGGAAAGACUGCAUAGAGAUUAUCUAUCAGAAAUACAUGAUCAUGUGUAGCAGCAUGGCCUACCUAGCUGGUAGGGAGAGAAAUUGUAGCCCUGUUCUGAUUCUAGAUGCUUUUGACCUACAUGCUUUCAUUACAUCAGGAACUGUUCAGUCUACUGUGUAAAUAGACAUAUACAUUGCGAG